AUGGCAACCACCAAUGGAACCCCCACGAACGGUGGUCUUUCCAGCAUUGCCGAGCCGCUGCUGAAGGCUCUGGGCAAGGGAAAUGAGGAGAUUGGAGUCCCAGAUGCGACCAGGCUGAUCGGUCACACCCCACUGGUGCGGUUGAACAAGAUCCCCCAGUCCCUGGGGAUCAAGGCAAAUGUCUACGCAAAGGUCGAGCUCGUCAACGCCGGUGGCAGUGUCAAGGACCGCAUAGCCCUGCGGAUGAUCGAGGAGGCCGAGAAGAGCGGCAGAAUAAGGCCCGGCGACACGCUGAUCGAGCCUACGAGCGGAAAUACCGGAAUCGGCCUCGCCCUCGUCGGCGCUAUCAAGGGCUACAAGACGAUCAUCACGCUCCCGGAGAAGAUGUCCGCCGAGAAGGUCUCGGUCCUGCGCGCCCUCGGCGCCACCAUCAUCCGCACGCCCACCCAGGCCGCCUGGGACAGCCCCGAGUCGCACAUCGGCGUCGCGAGGAGGCUGCAGAAGGAGAUCCCCCGAGCCCACAUCCUGGACCAGUACACCAACGUCGACAACCCGCGCGCCCACGAGUUCGGCACUGCCGAGGAGAUCUGGGAGCAGACCCACGGCAAGGUGACGGCCGUCGUCGCCGGCGCGGGAACCGGCGGCACGAUCAGCGGCAUUGCGAGGGGUAUCAGGAAGCACAGCAAGGACGUCAAGAUCAUUGCAGCCGACCCGUUCGGCAGUAUUCUCGCCCUGCCAGAGGCUCUGAACCAGGGCGAGCUCGCGAAUGUCUCGUACAAGGUGGAGGGCAUUGGCUACGACUUCAUCCCCGACGUGCUGGACCGCGAGAUAGUGGACAAGUGGUACAAGACAGAGGACCGCGAGUCGUUCAUGUACGCGCGCAGGCUGAUUGCUGAGGAAGGUCUGCUCGUCGGUGGAUCGUCUGGGUCCGCCAUGGCGGCUAUGGUGCGCGCUGUGCAGGACCUCAACCUCGACGAGAAGGACACAGUGGUCGUGGUCCUCCCAGACAGCAUCAGGAGCUACCUCUCCAAGUUCGCGGACGACGACUGGCUGGCCGCCAACGACCUGCUGCCGUCCGUCAACGGCGCCGAGGUCGAGGCCGCCGCGCAGAAGAAGAGGAGGGCGAGCGACCCCUACGGAGGCGAGACGAUCAGGUCCCUGAGACUCAAGCCCGUGACGAGCGUCCUGAGCACGCAGGCCUGCGCGGACGCCAUCGAGACGAUGCGGGACAAGGGCUUCGACCAGCUGCCCGUCCUCUCUCCCACGGGCGGCAAGCUCGUCGGUCUGGUGACGCUGGGCAACCUGCUGUCGUACAUCUCGAGCGGCCGCGCCAGCGCGACCAGCCUGGUCAAGGACGUCAUGUUCGACUUCAGCAAGAUCGACGAGGUGGUCACGGACCCCAGGGACAUCCUGACGGCCGAGGAGGCCGCGAGCAAGAGCAAGAAGCAGAAGCGGCACUUUGUCGAGAUCACUCUGGACACGCCCCUCACCAUCCUCAGCAAGUUCCUCGAGUACAACAGCGCCGCGGUCGUGACCGAGGACAAGGACAACGGGGAGGGCAAGAAGCCCGUCGCCGUGGUCACCAAGGUCGACCUCCUGACGCACAUGGUCAAGCAGUCCAAGAAGACCCCGGCCAACGGGAGUCCCGCCUAA